AAAUUGGUUUCUCGCGCUGGUUGGCAAAGCGAAGAGGAAGAAUUAUUAGUUAGUUAUUGACGUUCGGAGCGCAAAUAUGGCAAAUGUACGGUGUUUGCAAAAACUAUUUCGGUUACAAAAAUUUGUGCUGCCUCUUACCCAGCAUUGUGGCCAUAAUGCACACUUUCACACAGUAAAGCCAAGCCACCCACAGACACAGAGCAGGGUUUGGACACGCAACUAUGCCAAGGACACAAGCAAAUCCGGUGACGGAGCCACCGCGCAAACAGGCGUUGAUGAGUUUCGUUCACGCGAGGAGCAACGUGAACGGGAACGUGAUGCGGCCGAGAUUAAACAGCAAGAAGAGACCAAAGAGCACGACACUCAAGACGAGGAGGAGCAAACAGCUAAACGCGCCAAAGUUGAUGAAGUGCGCAACAAAAUUUUAGACGCCGCUUUGCAGCACGUGCCACAGCACGGUUGGACGCGAAAUGCGAUUGUGCAGGGGGCCGAGGAAUGCGGCUAUCCAAGUGCAGUGCACGGCAUGUUUCCUGAAGGCGGCUUUGCCCUGGUCUCCCACUUCAAUGGUCGUUGCAACGCCCAACUGUUAAAGCACCUGCAAGGCGAGACAGACAAUGGCCAGCGAGAGAUCGAAAACCCGCUUGAUUUUCUUGUCCAGGCCGUCCGCCAUAGGCUAGAGAUGAUUGUGCCGUACAAGCAACAGUGGCCCCAAGCUAUGGCGCUUAUUGCGCAGCCACAGCAUGCGUCCACAGCUCUAGCCCAGGUUCUAACGUUAGUCGAUGAUAUUUGCUACUAUUCCGGCGAUCGCUCAGUAGAUUUCGGCUGGUAUACGCGACGCAUCGGUCUGGCUACCAUAUUAAAGAUGACCGAGCUCUAUAUGCUGCAGGACACAUCGCCAUCGCAUACCAACACAUGGGAGUUUCUUAAGAAUCGGAUGGAUGAGGCGGUUCAAUUACAAAUGAUGCUCGCACAAACCGAAGGCAUGACGCACACGUUUCAACGGUCCUUCAACUCGGCAUUCAUAACAGCGCGCAACAUUUUAGGUUUGGGCUACAAUCGAAACUAGAGGGGAUGAGCACUUCAAAUGCUAUGGCUAAAUAUAUACAAAGAUCUUUGUACAUUAAUAUUGUAUUUAAUAUUUUGUUGCACUAAGGGGCUAAAUUUUAUGUGUUUCUUAAUCUAAAUCACACGACUUGUUAAUAUACUACGUAUAGUA